AUGCCUGCCUCUGCUGCCUGUCUGCUUCUCCUGCUGCUGUGUGGGCUGCUGGGGGGCUGGGUGCUGUCUAUCUGCCCCCCUGUGUGCUCCUGCAGCCGGGGACACCGUGUGGUGGACUGCUCCUCGCGAGGCCUAACCAAGCUGCCACCUGGUCUGCAGCAUAACAUUCGCUUUCUCAACCUCUCUUUUAAUAGCUUGCAGGGUCUGGACAACCAGCUCAGCCACUAUGCCCACCUGCGAACUCUGGAUGUGUCCUACAACCGCCUGGAGAGCCUGCCUCCUGCUUUGCCGCGGUCUCUGUGGGACCUCCGAGCGGCAGGGAAUCAUCUACGCUCGCUGGACAAAAACGACACAGCUUAUCACUGGAACCUGAAAGUACUGGACGUGUCAGACAAUGAACUGGAGAGAGUGGUCUUCAUCAACAACACGCUGCCGAGUCUCCAAACUCUCAAUCUCAGUUACAACAGGUUUUGGACUGUGCCCACAAAUAUGCCGCACAACUUGGAGAGCAUCGAUUUGUCACAUAACUAUCUGGUGCAGAUCCUGCCUGGAUCCUUGGAUCGACUGCACAGGUUGACUCAGUUCUACUUGCAUGCUAAUCGCUUCUCCUGGCUGUCUGAAGGGAUCUUUGAUAAGCUGAGGGGGCUGCAGCUGAUGACUCUUGGGGAUAACCCCUGGGCUUGUGAGGAGGAGGAAAACAUAACGAGGCUCCUGAGGUGGGCCGAGCGGUCCCAUGCGACUGUCUUGGGCUGCCCCUGUUACACAAGACCUAUCUGUGGUCAAGCCCAUCUGGCGACACCAGGGGGGGAGUGGCACUCUGCGCUGUUCACAGAGCCACCGCUCUGGGUUAACAGUGAUGGUGAAGAGCAUGAUGCUCAAUCGCCCGCAAGGACUGCAGAGGCCACGUCCAGUUACCAAGCAAAGUCUGCGCUUUUUGAGACUGGAAUCUAUCAGGACAAAAGAGGUGUAAAUGAAUCUGGGGACCAUAUGGUGUUUGUCUGGACGUCUUCUACAAGUUUUGAGAGCUUCUCCACACAUACAAGCACAACAGCGCGCCCACAGUCUUCAACAAAGAAGCCCAAAGUAGCUAACUCACGGAAUAAAGGCCGUGGACUUCUCUGUGAGACUCAACAAACUGUCACCCUGACUAUUGUAGUCAUGAGUCACAUCCUUCUGAAAACACCUUGA